CGCGUUCGGUGACAGUGCAUCAUGCAAAACAAAUCGGGCACGAAAAGUACAACAUUCUAAAUAUUUGUUCAAAUGUAAAUUGUACACUGCGUUUAGCUCGAGCGUUAUCAGCAUAAUCACGACGAUCGGGAUACGCCGUAGUAGAACUGCCCACGCGCUUGCCCAUCCAGAACGCCGAGCUGAUUUGUUUACGUUUUUCUUAUCAAGCAACCACCGCUCGUACAUUUGUCAUUUCGCUGACGUGCCGAAACAACAUUCCAGGUGCAUAACAACGCGUUUGGGUGCGUGGCUCCUAUUCGGUGGAUUCCUGCAGACGUACGUACGUGCAACGACCUUGUCUCUUUCGCGCUGCAACGACGCAUAACGAUACGCGCGGUGCGUAAAACGGUUACGUGGUGCUCUUUGUGCCUGUGUGGUGGAUACCUGCAACACACGAAAGGACGUCGAAAUGUCCUCGCCGAUCAGCUCGUCCUCGGAGUAUAACAGCGCACUGGAUCAAACGUUCAGUUCGACGCUCGAUUCGGACAAGAUGAACAGCUCCGAUUUGAGCAACAGUGACAUCGAAAAUGUGAACCUGACUGGUGACUGGAACGAAACGCUUCGUGUUGUAAAGCAGAAGAAAAGUGCCAAGGAUUCUACGCAACAGCUUCUGGACAGCUUGCGGAACAACAAUCUUGACCAGACGGCGGCGACAGGUGACACGAUUGGUGAUGCGACCGCACUGAACAGCACCGCCAGCACGCUUAGCCUGGAUCUGAGCGCUGCCGGUGAGCUGUCGGACACGAUCAACAAUGCGACGCUUUCGUUCGUGAGCUCGUCAGAGGAGGACGGCGAGGUGCUGACGGCCAGUACGCCUCGGGCUCCCGAUGUCAGCGUUAACAUGUCGCAGUCCGACACGUCCACCGCUACGACGCAGGGUGAGAAGGAUUCACGCGAUACGACGGCCAACGUGUCUCAGCUGCCAGUGGAGAGUGGAUCCGACUCGGCCAUUCCGCUGUACGCCACGCUCGAAGAGUUUGAUCGCAAUCUUCCGGAGACGGUGACGCUGCUAACGAAACCGGACGGUACGAAGGUGUAUCUGGUCGGGACGGCCCAUUUUAGCGAGAGUUCACAGCGGGACGUUUCGCUCGUGAUGCGUAAUGUGCGGCCACACGUAGUGAUGCUGGAACUGUGCCCCUCGCGUGUACACAUUCUAAAGUACGACGAAAAAACGCUGCUCGAGGAGGCGAAGGAGAUGAAUAUGGCCAAGAUGCGUGCCAUCAUCCGGACGAACGGGUCGAUCAAUGGACUAUUUUACAUUCUGCUGCUAAACAUGAACGCCAAGUUUACCAAGAAGCUGGGCAUGGCCCCGGGCGGUGAGUUUCGGUGCGCGGUCAAGGAAGCGCAACAGAUCCCAAACUGCGUGAUACAGCUGGGCGAUCGGCAGAUCAAGGUAACGCUGCACCGGGCACUGCGUGGCCUUUCCCUGUGGCAAACGAUCAAGCUGAUACCGAAGCUGCUGUUCAUCGACGAUGACAUCAGCAUCGAGGAGGUGGAGCAGUGCAAGCGGAAAGAUUUGCUUGAGGAGAUAAUGCUCGAAAUGGCCGACGAGUUCCCCGCCUUUGGACGCGUGUUUAUCGACGAGCGGGACCUGUACCUAUGCCAUUCGCUGCAGAUGGCUGCCUUGCCACAGAUCAACCCGGUUGAUGGACAUCCCGAGCCGGUGCGCGUGGUCGGCGUGGUUGGGAUUGGGCAUGCGGCCGGCAUUGCCAAGCACUGGGGCAAGGUCGACAAGAGCAGCAUCGAGUCGAUCGUUACGAUUCCACCGGCCAGCUUUGGGCACCGGAUGGUCAAGUAUACCAUGAAGUAUGGUUUGCUUGGGCUGGCGGCUUACGGUGUGUUCCGGUUCGCUCGACCCCGAUUGGGACGACUGUUCCUUUGAUUUUAUCGGCUUGCACAAACAUGGCACCUCUGAAUCGUUAAAUGGUGAGUUGGGACCGAGGUAGAGAAUCAAAAUACAUAUACAUAUUAAUCAAGUGUAGGCGCGUACGAGCGUGUGUGAUGGGGUUUGGAACAGGACGGGCGAGAAUGGAAGGACGUGUGCGUAGUUCCGCUCGCUAAAUGCAUCACCGUAUUGUUUUUUUUUUCUUCUCCAUCCGCCAGCAUUCCAGGGAGUUAAACCAGAACGAAGCACAAUCUAACACGGGUGCCCGGUGACAGCUGUGGUCGGGAAAUAAAACUAAAAUUCUCCGCGUAUGUGCGAAAA